AUGACCAACCUCAAGGUUAUUUUCCGAGCGCAUAUUACCUAUGAGCAGACUUUGAAUAUUAUUGUCCAGGCUCUACGUAAAGGGGGGCAUCAGAGAAUCCCUGGCUGGGAUGAAAGGGUCACAUUCCCCAUGGAUUCAGAUGAGGGGCUUGCCAUCCUCGGUACUACUCACGGCGCUUCGACGGCCUGGAUGCUCAUCCAACAUAAGCAAAAACUCGGGUUGAAGACCAUCAAGGAGGUGGUAGUAUGGGAGUCGAACGGGGGCUUCUCACUCGAUCAAGAUGUAAAGGUUACUAAGAUAAAUUUAAGGUUUACAGUUGUAGACGCUUAG